GGAUUUUGUUUCUCCGGCGGCCCUUCCCGUCUGUGGGAUUGACGCUUCCGAGGAGAAUACUUUUUCCUGUCUAGCACCUGGAACUUGGGUUUGUCUGACUUGAUGGAGGGAAGAGUUAAAGGAACGGACAAAGAGGGGGCGGGGCAUCCGGAGGGCCUCUGAGAACCCCGGAAGUGCAAUUCACGGCGCGGUUUCCUCAGAGUCAGGUUUAUCACCUCAAACCUGCAGACGGAAGGUAGGAACACCGGAGGUUUGAGACCGAGCGUCCAAACCGGCGCUACCGUCGUCACCACCUGCAAGUCGCAUUUCUUUGCUUUUUGUUGACUCACUCUUGAGGUGAGUCGUGGACGAGCUGCUUUCACCGUCAACCUGGAAAACGGAGCUUGCUUGUGUAGCGCCGAGCGGGGCAAGGUGGCACUUUUUCGUAUAAGGCUGCUUCUCUUGAAAGCAGUCCUGGCUUCUAAGACUGGCAUCCAAAUAAUUCUGGAAGAAGAGCUGACAGUCCGUGCACCCUAACAACCCUGGACAAUAACCAGCAUGUCUCAGGCCAGCAAGAGGAAGCAUGUGGUGCAGGAAGUGCUGGGGGAGCACAUGGUGCCUUCUGACCAACAGCAGAUAGUGAAAGUCCUCAGGACUCCUGGGAACAAUCUGCAUGAAGUAGAGACAGCACAAGGGCAGCGCUUCCUGGUGAGCAUGCCCUCCAAAUACCGCAAGAACAUCUGGAUCAAGAGAGGGGACUUCCUCAUUGUUGACCCUAUUGAAGAAGGAGAAAAAGUGAAGGCUGAGAUCUCUUUUGUGCUCUGCAAGAACCAUGUCCGCUCUCUACAGAAGGAGGGUCACUGGCCUGAGGCCUUUUCUGAGGUAGCUGAGAAACAAAACAAUGUGAACAGAGAGAGUCAGCCGGAACUCCCCGCUGAGCCACAGCUGUCAGGAGAAGGGUCAGGUUCUGAAGAUGAUUCUGACCUCUUUGUCAACACCAAUCACAGACAGUAUCAUGAGAGUGAGGAGGAGAGUGAAGAAGAAGAGGAGGAGGCGGCCUGAGCCCCAGGACCCACUUCUCUACUUGCUCAGGGACUACCCCUUGGCUUUUCUGGGUUUGGACAUUCCCAGGGUGCCCUGCAGAUCUUUUCCUUUGGAUGGGGACAAAGCAUGGCCCCUUUCUGAACUGACAUAAAAAGAAUUAAACCCCUGGUGGGUAGUGACUUACACUGGUGUCCGUGUGGCUCUCUGUAGAGGGAAGCUCAUGGUGAAAUGAAGUCUCUUCUAUGGUGGAAGCCUUGGUCACGUGUGGGUAGAAUGGGCAGGAAAUGAUUUGUCUGAACUCUGCUGCAUUUAUCUGGUUCACAGUACCUCUCUGGACACUUGAUACCUCACCCUGUGCUGUGCCUUACUGGGUCUUCCUUUAUACCUGCUUAUAUUCAGCAGCUAUUCCAAUAGUUAAGCGUGCAGUCUAGGACCUCGGACCCACUUGCCUCUUAAGCACAGCUCAGGACAAACUCCUGGUGCCUUGUUAUCCCUUACUGCAAUAGUGCUUACUGCCUGCCGCUAUGCAAACAAGCCUGCAUCCCAUCUCUCUUCACCUUCGUCACCUGUCAUUCCCAGAACGUGUCUGUGGUCAGGAUACCUCCUUACCAUCUCCUGAUUUUCUUUGACUUUCUCUAAUUUCUUCAGGGUAUUAAUUUCCUGUAAUCUUUUUUUUUUUGAAGCUGGGGACCGAACCCAGGGCCUUGUGCUUGCAAGGCAAGCGCUCUACCACUGAGCUAAAUCCCCAACCCCAAUUUCCUGUAAUCUUGAGGUUGUCUCUAACCCAGGUUUGCUUCAAAAUCACUGUGUAGCCUAGGCUAACCAACUCAGUGGCUGUCCUGCCUCACAGGCAUGAACCUGUGGGGCUACUAACCUUUUGUUAGAGGCUAUUGUAAUGUCUUUACCCCUUGUACCUCAGCAUCAAAAGACUUCUUGUGGUGACUCAGACCUUUGCUCAUGACUACCUCUGUCCAUUUACUUACUCCCAUUGUUUUAGUUCAAAUAUCCUUCAGUAGCCCAGGUACUCACUAAACUGUGCAAGCUUCUGUGAACUGUGGCCUCACUUAUUGGGAGGCUUCUGCUUCUGGCUAUACCCUGCUAGCAUUAAUCCUGCCCCUGCUAAAUCCUAUUGAAACUGACCUCUCAGCUUAGUCUUGCCCCUACUGGUCAUUCAUCCCUCAGUGGAACUAUUCAACCCUGUUGCGUACUCCUAAUGUGCUUGUGUGUAUGUAUUUUCGUUGAAAACUUGUACUAAUGGAACUUCUACUUUGGAGCCUUCCUUUUGUCUUCUGACGAAUUUUGUUUUUUUGGAGGGGGGCUGUUGUGGGUAGUUGGUUGAGCUUGGAGGCAUGCAUUAGCUUCAUAGAAUCUCAUUUCUGAGCAGGAAAUCCUGCAAUCACACCCUCUCUGACUCUCAUUUAUGUUCGUCAUGUUUGCCUUUUGUGGUAGUAAAUGUAUACUUGGGUAUACACAUGUAUAAAAUAUAGGUGUAUAUACAUGGAGAAAUAAACCAUAUGGGUUAAAGAGAAA